ACAAAAUGUCUUUACGUAAGGUUGAUUUUGAUUUAAUGUUGAAAAGGUUGAUACAAAUUGCUCCUCCAGGCUAACUAAUAUAAAUAAGAGAUACGCCUUGUCAUGUAAACUUGGUCAUUUUCAAUCGUAAACUCGGUGUAAACAGUUCGGAAUCAAAUAAACAUCAGAAUCCACUUUUUUUUCUAUUAUAGUGUCUACCAUUUUAAUAUUGUGAUUUUUUGUAUCAAAAUGAAAACCAUUAUUUUUUUCGCCCUUUUGGUUGCCUCAGCCAACUGUCAGCAAUCAGCAUUUGAGUCUUUUAUGUCAAGGAAUCGUGAAUUGUUCCCUAACUUAUCUACUGGAUCGUCACAAUUCGCAACAAGUGGACAACAACAGCAACAAGCACAACCUCAAAUUCAAAACCAAUGGCAACAACCAGCUCCAGUUGCCCGAUCAAAUCAAUUACCAUCUUUACCAUCCAACGAACCUUUCGUUACCUCAAACUCUCAUAUUCAGUCUUUUAACCAACCACAAUCUUUCAACCAACAGCAAUCUUUUAACCAACAACAAGCUUUUGCUCAACCUCAAGCUUUUACUCAGCCACAAGCUUUUAAUCAACCACAAGCUUUCAACCAACUCCAAGCACCAUCAGGACAAACAACAACAAUUUCCGGACCAAACUUCCAAACUUCAAUUAAUUAAUCCCAAGUUUGCCACAACAUGCUACUCAAUCAGCACCUCAACAACAACAACAGCAACAACAACCCCAAUUCCAAAAUCAAUUCACUUCUCACAUUCAUAGUCAUCAACCUUCAUCUUCAGCAUCAUUAGUCAACCAGCCCUCAACUGGACUUGCUUCAGCCUCUUUUUUCAAUACCCAAGGUAACAACAAUUUCCCAUCUAAUUUCGCAGCUCCAGCACCAUCAAGUCUCCCAACUCCACCUCAAACCUUUGGUCCUCUCGAUUUUUCGUCUUUCCAAGGCAACUCAUUCUUCAAUAAUCAGCAACAACGAGCAGCUUCACCAUCAACACCUUCAUUCGCUCCUACAAAUGCAAUUCGAGCUCCCGGUUUCGAAACUUUUGUCUACAUGAGACCAUCUGAGCAACCAGUCCAAGGAGCAUCAUUGAGGAAGGUUAUUCGUAGUCCAAAUGGAGUCGACAAGGAGUUGUUUUACGUUCCAAUGCCCAGUUACAGUCCACCAUCAAUUUACACCACUCAAGUUAUCCAUGGAAAUGAAAACAAACAAGGUCAACAACAAUGAAAAGGAGAUCGAUAAAUGAAUGCGAUAGAAAAGCCUUGAUCAAAGAUUGAUUCUAGAAAAAUAAUAUAAAUGAAACAAGAUACUAUUUUUUUAUCAUUCAAUUUUUAAAUUGACUGAAAAACCCGAGAUUAAGUAUUACUGGAAGGCUUUUAGUUUAUAACAUUGAUUGUUAUCUCCUCUGAAAGCUUCAUUUGUUCUCAAUUUUUGUAUUACUUCAGCUAUUUUUUGUAUCUAUAUUAAUACCUGUUUUCAAUUUCCAUCUUAUUUCUCGAAUUGCAAGGAAUUAAAUUACAAAUUGUUGAAGUCAA